AUGGAAUCGUCGCCCCUCCGAGCCUUUUGGCUGACCGUCCUCAUCGGCGGUUUCCUGCCUUGCGUCUUGUGUGACACAAGUGAUUUGACUGCUGUUGAUCCGGAUUUCACAGUGAGUAUCCCGAAAGACGGACUUCCAAGGGAUCUCGAAGAAGUCUUCUUUCUUCAGCCGGCUGGCACUCUUCGCGUCAUCGACGAGACCGGCUCAGCUGUCUAUAUGCCCCAGAUGAGCACGGACUCUGAGGAUGGUGCUCCUGCGCGAAUUCGCACUGACUCUGGCGAUGCUUCGUCGGAAACGUACAGCGCCGCGUACGCGUUCGUGAAUGGAAAGUGUGACUUCACGAAGGAAAUCCAGUACAAGGACGCAUUUCCAGGGUACUCUCAGCCGAUUUGGGUUUGGACCGCCUCUGCUGAUGCCGCGGAGGCGAAAGCAUCAUCGGGGGGAGCGGUUGCGAACUUCACAUUGACGAACCCUCCUGAAGAGUAUUUGACUGAGGUGGUGAGCUUCUGCGUGAGAUUCAAGACGUUCUUGGCUGCUGGAUCUUCAACCACGACAACGACUACAUCGACAGGUAUGCCAACGGCGUCAAACAUAGUUUCAAACCCCACCGGUGGACCGUCAGAGCACACUGAAUCUUCCCGGCCUAACACGCCACAGGCGGGCGGUUCAACCGGUUCUGGUGGCAAUGAGGCCAGCGGAUCACCUGGUGUGCAUAAAGGUGAAGAAGGUCAGCAGUUAGAAGACAAAGGAGAGGCUCAAGGUAGUGCUCCGGCGGUGCCAGCACCUGGAGUUCCACCAACUACGGAGCACCAACAACAUGGGGACGGGGCGAGCCAUCCUAAAGAGCAAGACAACGCGGUCUCUGCGCCAACCCAAAACGCUGAGAACAAUGGAGGUUCUCAAUUAACACAUGGAGACAUGACCGGCGCCGAAGAAGCUGAUUCGGGGGAGACUGUUGAAGGAGAAAUGAGCGCCCGGGCGAGGAGGCUGUCCGACACCCCGACCGAGUCCUACUUGACAAUCGUCGUACACUCCGCUGCCUGGGGAUUGGCAGGGGGGAUCGGAGCAAUCUCAGCUUUUGUUCUCUGCAUUGCCGCUGCACUGUCGUCCACAUUCUAG